AUGCCGCCGAAGAUCGUGCCAUCGACCUCCAAGGCUACCCUUAAACAACUUCAAACCAAACUGAAGAGUCUGCAGAGCUCGUUCAACAUCAUCGAAAAGUUCAAGAAUGAGUUUAAGGAGGACACCACUGCCAACGAGAUCACUGUCCGGCUUGAGCGGUUCGAUGAAUUGUGGGAGCGAAUUGUUGAAUGUUCUUCUGAAGUGGAAUGCCAUGACGAUUAUGUUGCGGUGGAAGACCACGUUCGCCUACCGCAAAUCAAGCUUCGCACUUUCGACGGGAACAUCGAUGAAUGGUUCAGCUUCAGGGAUCUCUAUUCAUCUCUCAUUCACUGGAAGCAGGAACUACCUGAGGUGGAGAAAUUCCACUAUCUCAAGGGAUGUUUGGAGGGAGAAGCGCGAUCACUAAUCGAGCCAAUCAAGAUCACCACACGGAACUACCAAGUUGCUUGGGACUUGUUGCUGAAGCGGUACAACAACAGCAAGCUGCUGAAGAGGAGACAGGUUCAAGCUCUUUUCAAGCUACCUGUUCUCACCAAGGAAUCGGUUACGGACUUGCACAGGACGCUCGACAGCUUUCAGAGGACGGUGCAAUCUCUGGAUCAGAUUGUCCAACCUGCGGACUAUCGGAACUUGCUGCUAGUCGAGAUUCUGAGCUCUCGUUUGGAUCCUUACACCAGAAGGGGUUGGGAGGAGUACACUUCAACGCAGGAGAAUGACACGCUGGUCAAUUUGACGGAUUUUAUCCAGCGUCGCAUUUCGGUUCUGGAAUCACUUCCACCAAAAUUAUCCACUGGAACUUCAGAGAUCGACAACACAAAAGUGUCAGGCGUGUUCGAGUCGCACUAUCUUCACACGUGUCCGACCUUUACGAAAAUGCCGAUAAGCAACAGAGAGUCACUGAUUCGAAGCCACUCGCUCUGUCGGAACUGCUUGCGAAGCGGACAUCUCGCCAAGAAAUGUCAAUCCAAGUAUUCCUGCUGGAAAUGUAAGGGACGUCAUCAUACGAUGCUGUGCUUCCAUGCGGAGGGAGCUGCCACGCAGAAUCAGACGGGAAAACGGGUUUCGUCUGAUGGGAGCGGUCCGUCGACCGCUAAGCCUACUGAAACUUCUUCAAACUCGGCGAAUACGGACUCGGUGUCAUCCAACGCGGCUACCGGUCAGUCGUCUAGCAUCCUCCUCGCGACUGCGGUUGUACUUGUCGAGGACAACGAGGGCAACACCGUCACCGCACGCGCGCUGCUGGACUCUGGUUCUGAAUGCAAUUUUAUUGCGGAACGACUUUAUCAACGGUUGAACGUGUCUAUGCAAAAGGUUGACGUUUCGGUCGUUGGCAUUGGACAAGCGGCCAUGAAGUCCAAGCGGAGUAUACAAGCUGUCGUAAAGUCUCGGACAUCUCCCUACAAUCAGGAGAUGAGUUUUCUGGUAUUACCGAAGGUUACUGUGAACCUACCCACAGUUUCCAUCAACACUACGAACUGGAAAAUUCCGGACAAUGUUGAACUCGCUGAUCCGACGUUCUUCCAUUCACGGGUUGUGGAUCUGGUACUCGGCAUUCAACAUUUCUUCAACUUCUUCCAAACGGGAAAGGCGAUUCCGUUGGGCAACGAAUUGCCGCGACUCACCGACUCGGUAUUCGGUUGGGUUGUUUCUGAGAAGUGUCGUCACCAUGUAGCUUGA